UAGUGAACUUAAGUCUCCUCUAGCCCCCAGACGUCUCCUCUCUAUGCCUUUGAAGAAGGAAUUUCCUGUAAGGACUCCAUUUUGUUCACUAACAAAGUGGCUUGGGACUUGCUGUCACCUUCCUUGGCUGCCCUCCUCAAACUUCUGCAACCCCCCAGCUCCAGACCACAAAGAUUCUCCUGUGAGGACAUUGGUGAAAGGUCACUGCCUUCAGGACACACCAUGGAACACAGUGAUGGUAACAGCUCUCCUCAAGGAGAAAAUAAAGGCAGAGAUUCUUCCCAGGAUAAUUUUGGAAACGAGAACCUUCAUGAUGAACACGAUGGGUAUGAGCUCCCACCUCCCCACCUUCAGGAGGAUGAUGAAAAUGUGGAGGUGAGGGAUGUCCACGAGGACCCCCAAGUAAGAAACAACCCCUGUACCUUACAACCCAAUAGUAGGACUGUGAAAUGCCAUAGUGAAUACCAAGAUAAAAUUUCUCCAGAGAGAGAAGUGGAGAAGAACACAGAGAAUGGAGACCCGGGGACCUGGUUCAAGGUCACAAUUCCUUGUGGGAUAAAGUAUGAUAAGACAUGGAUAGUGAAUUCAAUCCAGAGUCAUUGCAAUGUCGCCUUCACUCCAGUCAAUUUCCACUACAACAAAAAUCGGGCCCACUUCUUUGUCCAGGAUGUUCAUGCUGCCUGUGCAUUAAAGAAAGUCAACUGUAAGAUUCAUGAUGAGGAAAACCAAAAGGUAUUUGUUUUUGUCGAUCUUUCUACUGACCCCAGGUCUAUGCAGAAAAAGAUGAAACCAAAAGUGAUGACACAGCUAAAGCUGACCAUGAAGAAACGAUAUGAUGUCUCCCAGCAAGCUCUUGAUCUCCAGAGUUUCUGCUUUGACCCAGACUUGGUGAAACAUCAUUUUGAUAUAAGCCUGAAUAGAAGAAACGACAUGACUGCCAUUCUGAAGAUCAUUUCAACAAAUUUUCCUGAGCUACUGUCUUUGAACUUGUGCAACAACAAACUGUACCAGCUGGAUAGCCUGUCUGACAUUACAGAGAAGGCCCCCAAAGUCAAGAUCCUGAACCUCUCCAAAAAUGAGCUGAAGUCGGUGUGGGAGUUGGACAAGGUGAAAGGGCUGAAGCUUGAAGAGCUGUGGCUAGAAGAGAACCCCUUAUGCAGCACCUUCUCUGACCAGUCCACCUAUGUAAGUACCAUCCUGGAAUGUUUCCCAGAGUUGUUACGCCUGGAUGGCCAGGAUUUAGCAUCUCCAAUUAUAAUGGGCAUUGAAGCCCCUGAGAUAAUAAAACCUUGUAAGGAAAGCUAUAAAGGAUCUGAGAUCAUAAAGAAUCUGAUACUUCAGUUCCUGCUUCAGUAUUACUUGAUCUAUGACUCUGAAGAUAGAAAGGGUCUCCUUAGUGUUUACCAUGACAAGGCCUGCUUCUCCCUGAGCAUUCCCCUCAACCCUGAGGACCCAGCACCAAGCAACUUGGAAAAGUACUUAAAGGACAGCAGGAAUAUAAAGAAUAUCAAGGACUCUCGCCUGAGGGUUCAGCUGCUGAAGCACACAAAACAUGAGAUUGUGGACUCCCUCAGUGUAUUGCCCAGAACUCAGCAUGACCUUAACUCCUAUGUGGUAGACUUGUGCAUCCAGACGGAAAGGAUGCUCUUCUUUUCUGUCAAUGGAGUAUUUAAGGAAGUGGAAGGAGAGUCUCCAGGUUCUGUUCUUGCCUUCACCCGAACCUUCAUCUUGACUUCUUUCAGCAAUUCCAAUCUGUAUAUUGUGAAUGACGAGCUGAUACUGAGGAAUGCCAGCAUGAAAGAGACCCAGAGUGCCUUCUCCAUCCCAUUGCCUGCACCCUUCUCCAGCUCCUUGCCCACCCUCUCCCAGGAGAAGCAAGAAACGAUGCAUACUGUCUCCACCCAGUCUGGGAUGAACCUUGAGCAGUCUCAGAAGUGUCUUCAGGACAGUGAGUAGAACUACACCAAAGCUGACCAGGUUUUCACUAUGAUCCAGGCCAAGAGCAAGAUCCCAGUAGAAGUCCUCAAGCAAAUCCGCUAAAAGGAGCCCUUUGAUGUCUUCUUUGUCUUCAUUGACAUCUGCUUUGUUUCCUUUUUUCACCAGCCUAAGACCAUGCCCAGGAUUGGGGUUGGAGGCCUGGCCGACCAGAAUGCCAAAGUUAACUUGCCGGGCGAGUGACAUAACAACUCAAAGAGCCAGUUUUUCUGUGUAUUCACCCCACUCAUGAUCACCAUUAUUUUCAUAAUAAAGAGUUACAUGUUG